AUGGAGCGGUGGCGACUGAGAGACGAACCGCAUUUGUCCCUGCAGGAGGCUGUCGAGUGUGUCGACCUGAAAACGUGGUGCAAUACAGGACCCGAUACCACAACAACGCCUGCAACCUGCCUGUCGAUCCAAUGGGGAAAUCAGAAUGAAAACUCUGAGCAGGAGAUCCCCUACCUCGAUGAGCACAGUACGCAGAGUGUCUCGUCCUGUAACCUGGCGCUCGCUCUCGACUGCAGCCAAAUGAGCUCUCUUCGAUGCUCUUUGCAAUUUUCGACCUCCAUUAUCAGUGAGCCGUAUGCCUCGGUCGUACUGAAUGUCUUCUCCCACAUUCUACAAGAUAUAAUCGCCAGGCCUGAAACGACAGUGAGCCAGAUUGAUUUUUUGUGCGACUCAGAUGCAAAGAUCAUUGCGGGGUGGAAUAAGUGCAGUCAAAUCGACUGCCCGGAGCGCUGCAUAGAUGCAACAAUUCGAGAUCAAUGCGCGAUACGCCCUGCCGCGGAAGCAGUGUGCGCACACGACGGCAAGUUGACAUACUCGGAGUUGGACGAUCGCUCAGAAAGACUAGGACACCAUCUGCGUUCUUUGGGCAUCGGACCCGAGGUCGUGAUUCCGAUCUAUCUCGAGAAGUCCAUGUGGACGAUAGUCUCCAUCUUGGGCGUCCUCAAAGCCGGUGCUGCCUUCCUCCUUUUGGAUCCUUCCCACCCUACCACGCGCAUGGCUGCCAUCUGUACAGAGGUCAAAGCACCCUACGUUAUCACCUCCACGGCACUGGAGCCCAUGUGCCGCCGGCUAGCCAAGAAGACGGUUGUGACGGAUGCCGUAAUUGGAGAUUUAGGUGUGCCGCUCCAGGCAAGGCUCCCACCCCUGUCGAAGCCCGAGAACGCGGCCUACGUGGCAUAUACCUCGGGAUCGACGGGAAGACCCAAGGGUAUAAUUAUUGAACAUCGUUCAUUUUGCGCCAACGUGAUAGCGGGCAGCCAGAUCCAAAAUUUGGACCAAACAUCCCGAGUCCUGCAAUUCGCUUCAUACGGGUUCGACAUCAGCGUGCAGGAGAUGUUAGCUACCCUUAUGGUGGGCGGCUGUGUCUGUGUGCCCUCUGAAACUCAGCGACUCAAUGACCUGACGAGCUCGAUUACAGAAUUCAAAGCAAAUUGGAUCGAAUUGACCCCCUCGGUAGUGAGGCAGCUGUCUCCUCAAGCCGUGCCCGGUCUCAAAACCCUAAUUCUAGGGGGUGAGUGCAUGCUGGCCCGCGACUUCGCAACUUGGGCGGACAACGUACAUCUGAUGGUCGCCUACGGCCCAGCUGAAUGCAGUGUGGUUACCACCGUCCAACGCAACGUCCACGGCGGAGACUUGUACAACAUCGGUCGGCCCUUCAGCGCCCAAUGCUGGGUUGUAGAACCAAGAAAUACCGCCCAGUUGCAACCUAUUGGCGCCGUUGGCGAACUGGUCAUCAGCGGACCCAUUGUCGGUCGAGGUUAUCUGAACCAGCCUAGCCAAGAUGCCUUCAUGGACAGACCACCAUGGGCGUCCACCUUUUCCAUCCCUGACGGCACGCGGUUCUACAGGACUGGCGACCUAGCAUGGUACAAUAUCGAGGAUGGCAGCCUGCGGUAUGUCGGGCGCAAGGACAGGCAGGUCAAGCUAAAUGGCCAGCGUGUUGAACUUCAGGAAGUCGAAAAUGAGGCCCGAAACUUUAGCAAGGAUAAGGCUGUCGUGGUUGACGUGGUUGAUAUCGGUAGCACUGAGGACGCCAAAGCCCUUGCCCUAUUCGUUGAGGGCCUUGAGAGCGGCCCAAUCGAAGAGAUGGUAGAAUCCAGGACUGUCACUCAGACCGAGCAACACGUUCAUAGGUUCUUGGCGGAGAUACGAGUCUGGCUCAGUACAAGACUGCCGCAGUACAUGGUCCCUACUCUUUAUAUCCCUCUGAAUCGCUUUCCCUUGACACCCACAGGAAAGCUUGACCGCCGGGCAUUGAAGGAUCAGGCAGCCCAAUCUGUGGCGUUGGGAUACGGUAAUCAUGUCUCCGAAGCUUCCCCUGGCGAGGAAGCAAUUGAGGGUCAUACUGAAGUCGUGUUAAUGCUGCGCCGCCUCUUUGCCGAAGUCAUCGGGUUGCCAGAGGACCGGGUAGGCGCACACGACGAAUUCUUUUUGCUCGGGGGCAAUUCUGUCACAGCCAUCCACAUGGUAGGGAAGGCCCGUGAGGUAGGGCUUUCUGUGAUGGUUGCAGACAUUCUCACUCUACAGUCCCCUUUCAAUCUAGCAAAGGUUGUAAGCAAAGCUGAGGAAUCGCAGUUCAUCGAGCCAUUGGGGCUUUUAGAAGACCCGCAAGUCUGCCUGGAACUCGCAGCAACAGAAUGUCAAUUGGCUCAAGGGGACAUUGAAGAUAUCUAUCCUUGUACCCCGCUGCAGGAAGAACUGAUGGCCAUUUCGAGCAUCAAACCCGGCUCCUUUAUCGGAACAUUUGUCUUCUACCUGCCGGUCUCGCUUGAUAGGCUGAGGUUUAAAUGGGCCUGGGACCACAUCGUCAAGAACACCCCGAUCUUACGAACGCGCAUCGUUCAGGGUGGUGGCAGUCGUCUACUUCAAGUUGUCGGGAAGGAGCAGGAGGAAUUAAUAGUAUGCGAUUCAUUCGACGAAUGCUACCGUGCGUUGGGCCAGUACGAAAUGACUUUUGGAUCUUCUUUGGCACGGUCUGCCCUGAUCAACCCUGAAGGCAAGGCCCCUGCAUUUGUAUUAAUGAUACAUCAUGCGGCCUUUGAUGGGUGGUCCUAUGUCCAGCUGUUGCAGGACCUUGGGGAGGCAUACAAGGGUCGUCCAAUCUCCCAGCGACCAACUUUCAAUCAUUUCAUUGGUCACAUAUUGAAUCAAAACGCUUCGUCGGCGGAGGAUUUCUGGAGAAAGGAAUUUACCGAUUGCGAGGCCUCCAGCUUCCCAACUCGCCCUAAUGGAUGGAUAGCUCCUCAAGAUCCUUCAUGGACAAAACGUCGCAUCCCGGUGGAGAAGCUGAGCGGAAAUGGGCUGAUAAAUAACCAGAUUCAACUAGCCUGGGCCAUGAUAAUCUCCAGUCACACCAAUUCGAAAGACGUGGUCCUUGGCACCACCGUCUCUGGGCGCAAUGCUCCCGUCGCGGGCAUUGAUCGGAUGUUGGGCCCUACCAUCGCCACAUUCCCCCUGCGCAUCCGGCUCAAACCAGGGACAACUGUGCAGGAGGCACUCAAAGAGAUCCAAGACCACAACACCGCCCUGAUUCCGUUCGAGCACACCGGGAUGCAGCGUAUUCGCGGAAGCAGCCCGGGGGCAGCGGCUGCUUGUGACUUUCAGACCCUGCUCACCAUUCAUCCGUACCGGAUACAGAGCCCGGCAACCAUCUUGCGAGAUUCACCUGGCAAUCGAGGCGAGCAACAGAAAUUUACUUCGCAUAUACUCACUGUGAUAGUAAGCCCUGACUCGGACGCUUUGAAGGUGGAGGCCGUAUUCGAUGCGUCCGUCCUCUCGCCCCCCUGGGUCGACAGGCUGCUGCGAGGGUUUGAAGCCGUUUUGGUCCAAAUUUCUCGCAGCCCAACCAUGCAGCUGGACGCCAUUAGCAUCUUGAGCGCCCAGGAUAAGCAGCAGAUUAGUGAUUGGAAUUCCGGGGUCGUUCUGGGCAAGCCGCGGUGUAUGCACGACCUGAUCUACGACUCCUGUAUGAGUUCCCCUGGACAUCCCGCGGUUCAUGCGUGCGACGGCAGCUUCACGUAUAGCGAGCUCCUACAAUUCUCUCGCGCGAUUUCAGGCCAACUUCGGUCCCUCGACAUCGGGGCCGAGAGCAUCGUAGCUAUCUGCAUGGAGAAGACCCGAUGGCUGCCUGUCGCCGUCUCUGGCGUGUUGAUGGCCGGAGCCGCCUUCGUCCUGCUCGACCCGACCUUCCCCACCCAGCGCCUCCGGGGGAUGUGUCAAGAGACCGGGGUUCGGGUCGCUCUAUCGUCCCCGACCACAUACAGCAAGUGCCGGGACCUCGCCCGGGAUGUCAUCGCACUGACCGAAGAAACCGCAAGCCGACCCGGUACGAGUUGGAAAUUACCAGCCGUGAGCCCUCGCAACGUGAUGUACGUUGCCUUCACCUCUGGCUCCACGGGUGCCCCAAAAGGGGCCCCAAUCGAGCAUGGCAUGUGCUGGUCCACUUACGAAGCGUACCGCAACGCUCUGUCGCUGUCAGGCGCCUCCCGUGUCCUCCAUUUUUCAUCACUCGCUUUUGACGCCGCUGUGUUCGAGCUCGUGGGCACACUGGCUGCGGGGGCCUGUGUCUGUAUUCCAUCGGAGGAGCAGCGUUUGAGUCAUUUGGCUGGGGCCAUCACAGAUCUUGGCGUUGACUGGGUCAUGCUAACGCCAUCGGUGGCCCGCACUCUUUCGCCGGCCGAAAUCCCCUCUGUGCGCACCCUAGUCCUCGCUGGGGAGCCGGUGAUGCCCGCUGAUCUGCAAUCGUGGUGCGGAUAUGUUCGAUUGCUCGGGGUCUAUGGCCCAGCGGAGGCCAGCAUUUUCACCACGAUCACUGCAUUUCCCCGGGAAGACUGUGACGCGACGAAUGUUGGAAGAUCCGGAAAUAGCACCUGCUGGGUGGUCAACCCGGACAAUCACAACCAACUUCAACCUGUCGGGGCGGUGGGAGAGCUGGUCAUUGCUGGUCCCAACGUUGGACGAGGCUAUAUCAACCGGCCCCAACAAACCCGGGCAUCCUUCAUCCAGAAUCCCUCUUGGGUUGCGGAUUUCCCCGUCGCCCGGGAUACCCGGAUGUACAAGACCGGAGAUCUGGUGCGCUACCAUCUCGAUGGCACCUUGCAGAUCCUUGGCCGGAAAGACGCGCAGGUGAAGCUUCACGGGCAACGGAUCGAGCUGCGAGAGAUUGAGAUUUGUGCAGAGCGUUCGAUGCCCGGAAUGACGGCGGUGGCCGAUCUCAUCGCGCUUCCUCAUCCUAGGAUUAUUCUGUUCCUUGCAGAGAGGCGCCAGUCCUUCUGUGCUGACCGGGCUCAUCGCUGUGACGACUGCACUGCAUCGUUCGUCCUGCCUACGGAUCCAGUCCAUGGGCAAAGAGCCGCCAUCCUCUCCCACCUUAGCCAGGUCCUACCGACGUACAUGAUUCCAUCGAUCGUGCUCUCUUUGGAGUACUUUCCACUCACUCCCUCGGGUAAGAUAAAUCGCCGAUUGCUACGGGAGGAGGCAGGCAAACUCGGCCAGGGGAUUUCCGACUGGGGUUUAACCCCGCCGGUGCUGAAGCGAGAACCAGGGAGCGAUAAAGAGCGACUGGUUCGUGACAUAUUCGCAGAGGUACUUGCCUUGGACAAGAACGCGAUCCGGAAUGACGACAGCUUCUUUACGCUCGGUGGAGAUUCCAUCUCGGCCAUGCGGGCUCUCAACUUGUGCCGAAAGGCGAACCUGCUUCUUCAGAUGUCAGAAUUCCUCGUCUACAAUUCUAUUUCUCUCUUCUGCCAAAAUGCCAGGUCGGUCGACUCGCCUGUGGAGCACGCCCAGGAGCAGCCUGGGCUACCUUUCCGAUUAAGCCCUAUCCAGUGCAUGUUCACGUCCCUUCCUUCCGCUAGUGACAAGAGGUUCAACCAAAGCUUCUUCCUUCGAGUCAAGCAGGGCUUCAGCCUGUCUGACUGGCGCCACGCCCUCAAGCAGGUCGUGCGCCACCACUCGAUGCUUCGAGCCCGACUGCUGCCAGAUGAUCGUGAGCAGGUUAUCACAUCGGACAUAGAGACAUCCUUUCGUAUGUCCAUGCAUGAUGUCGAGGAGAUCGGGGCCAUCUCAACAAUAGCAGAAGCGUCUCACUCUGCGCUGAACAUCCGGACCGGUCCAGUAAUAUCGUUGGACAUCAUACAUGUGAACAGAGACGAGCAAUAUGCACUCUUCAUCGGACACCACCUGGUCGUGGAUCUGGUGUCCUGGAGAUUCCUGCUAAGCGACAUUCAAGACCUUCUCCAAGGCAAGCCAUUGCCACUUACACUCCCAUAUUCAUUCCAGUGGUGGGUGUCUCAUCAGAGGACACACAGUCAGGGCCAUGUGGAGCCCAAGGAUGUGUUGCCGUUUGAUGUACAUUGCGCUGAUUACAAUUACUGGGGCUUUUCAGCUGAGUGGAACACGUUCGGUGAAACGUGCAGUCGGGAAUUUCUGUUGGAUGAGACCACAACCGCAGCUCUUGUGGAAUCCGCCAAUACAGCAUUGGGCUCACACCCCCAAGAGCUCUUCCAAGCAGCCCUCCUACACUCAUGGGCGAAGGUUUUCCCAGACCGCAAGACUCCGACCAUCUUCACCGAAGGCCAUGGCCGGGAGCCCUUCGAUCCUGCUAUUGACCUGUCCCGGACGGUGGGCUGGUUCACGACCAUGCGGCCUUGCACGGUGGAAGUCUGCGAAAGUAUGGGUUUGCCCGAUCUUGUCCGCUGUGUGAAAGAUACUAGCAGAAGCCUCCCUGGAAACGGUCUGCCCUACUUCAGUGCACGAUAUCUCGACCCCAGGUGUAGGGAGGCCUUUUCCGGCCAUUCCCCGGCCGAGGUACUAUUGAAUUAUGCCGGCCGCUACCAGCAGUUGGAAAGCGACGAUUCCAUUUUCUCCGCUCCCACUUGGAAGCCAGACCCAAAGUUGGAUGUUGCCCACGACCUUCCUCGAUUCGCUAUAUUCGAUGUGGUGAUCGAAGUUGCCCAUGGGCGGCUGCACGUCUCGGUCUGGUAUUGCAAGCACACGCGUCGGCGGGAGGCGAUUCAGCGCUGGAUUCGCGAGUAUCAGCGGUCCCUCUGUGAGGUUGCGGAGGAGUUAAGCAAUCUCACCCGGCGAUUGACACUGAGCGACAUCCCGCUGGCCCGGAUGACGUACGACCAACUGGACGCACUUGAUCGCGAGAUCCGACUGCGACUCGAUAUCCCUUCCGUAUCUUCCAUCGAGAGCAUCUAUCCUUGUUCCAAGGCUCACGCUGGACUCAUUCAUGGUCUGACGGGAACGGCCGCCAGCCAUGCCGUCCGCUCGAUUUGGGAGAUCAAAUCCCCGAUAGUCCUUGAUGCCCAGGCCGUGGCAGACGCCUGGCUUCGACUGAUUAGAAGGCACACCAUUCUACGGACGAUUCUCGUGCGUUCUCCUGGCGAUGGACGGAUCUUCCAUGUGGUCUUGAAAGACCCGCGGACAGACGUCCAAGUUCUUCCAUGCUCUGGUGAUAUCUCAUACGAACGCUUCCGGGACCUGCCGCGCCUCUUGUCUUGGGAGACCUCGCCGGCCCACCGGUUCGCCGUGACCCAGACGUCUGACAGGCGGAUACUUGCUUUACUAGAAUCAGGAAAGGCCUACAUUGAUGGUAUGUCGCUGUCGAUCCUGCAGCAGGAGCUGUGUCUCGCGCUGCGUGGAGAGCUCCCCAGGUCCAGCGGGCCCUUAUAUUGCAAGUACAUCGCCCAUCUCACACAGCAACCCAGCCGGGAUACUCAGUCCUAUUGGGAAACUGCCUUGAAGGGGAUGCGGCCCUGCUUGUUCCCAUCGUUGGUGGUGAAUCACCCACCGGAGAGUCCAGUCGCCAUGCACACUCUCCGCUCAGCCUUACCACAGCCCGACCGGCUCAAUUCUUUCUGGCGGUCCACUGGCCUGACCGUGACCAACAUCUUCCAGCUGGCCUGGGGGCUCGUUCUCCAACAAUACUGCCGUUCCCCAGACGUAUGCUUCGGGUCCUUGGUGUCGGGCCGCGACAUCCCCAUGCCUGACAUCGCCCAGAUCGUGGGGCCCUGUUUCAAUGUCCUUCCGUGUCGUCUCGUGCUGGAUGCCAACCGGAACGUCGUGGAGUGGCUUCGCCAGAACCAAGCUGAGAUGGAGCGCCGCACCGAGCAUCAGCAUUGCUCGGUGCCAGACACCCUACGCUCCGCCGGGUUCGGCGAUGCGCAGGCCUUCAACUCCUGUUUGAGCGUGCAGUCUCCGUUGUCCGUCCAUUCCGCGCAGAUCGAGUUUCAAUUGUUGGAGAAUCAUGAUCCGACCGAGUUUGACCUCUGCGUGGCGGUUUUCUGGUCGUCGGGCCAGGUGGAUGUCCAUCUGCGAUACUGGGAGUCUGUUUGUACGGAUGAACAGGCGGCGCAGGUUCUGCUUUGCUUCGUGCGAGCUGUCUCUUUCAUUGUGGACUACUCCCAGGAGACCCUGCGCGUAUUGUCUCUUGCACUUUCCGGCUCAGGCUCCCCUGUGUCUUAG